CUGUUCACCCGGAGCUAUCAGCGACAAGUGACACUCAGGGAGGGGAAGCAGAGCAAACUGAAAUCUGCUGGGGGAAUCCAUCUUGCUCGAAAAAGCAACGAGGGUGUAGCAUUCCCCACCUUAGCAUCUGAGAAACGGUAUCGGUGCCCCUGUUGAGCGCACUGGGGAGCCCGAGGAGGGGCUGUGUCGCUGCCUGUAGGAUGUCCCGACAUGAGGGUGUGAGCUGUGAUGCAUGUUUAAAAGGGAACUUUAGAGGAAGACGGUUCAAGUGUUUAAUUUGCUACGACUACGACCUGUGCGCAUCGUGCUACGAGAGUGGAGCCACAACGACAAGACACACCACAGAGCACCCCAUGCAGUGUAUAUUAACCAGGGUAGACUAUGACUUGUAUUAUGGAGGAGACACUUUUUCAGUAGAGCAACCACAGUCAUUCACAUGUCCUUACUGUGGCAAGAUGGGCUUCACAGAGACGUCCCUACAGGAGCAUGUCACUUCAGAACAUGCUGAGACGUCCACAGAGGUGAUUUGUCCCAUAUGUGCUGCUUUGCCAGGAGGGGACCCAAACCACGUCACAGACGACUUUACAGCUCACCUCACACUUGAACACAGAGCGCCAAGAGAUUUAGACGAGUCCAGCAGUGUUCGACAUGUACGUAGGAUGUUCCACCCUGGCCGAGGACUGGGUGGUCCCAGAGCACGACGCACAAAUAUGCACUUUACUAGUGGCUCCACAGGAGGACUCUCAUCGUCCUCAUCACAGAGCUCAACCUACACCCCCAGUAAUAGAGAAGCAAUGGACCCAAUUGCAGAGUUGUUGUCUCAGCUGUCAGGUGUGCGACGUGCAGCAGGGGGGCAAAUAAACUCAUCAGGGCCUUCAGCCUCGCAGCUCCAGCAGCUCCAGAUGCAACUGCAGUUGGAGCGGCAGCAGGCUCAGGCGGCGCGGCAGCAAGUGGAGACGGGGCGCCAUGCGACGCGACGCAGCAACAACCCGGGCAACACUGGCACCACCAUCCCUCCACCCAGCACGGCAACUGCUAACAGUGCCACUGUGGGUGAAAGCAAUCCCACGUCCUCGUCCCACAGCUCCCAGUUCCUAUUAGCACGGUUGAAUGAACCUAAGAUGUCCGAAGCAGAGCGGCAAUUCCUAGAAGGAGAGCGCGCCGACCACAGCCUGUUUGUCCAGGAGCUGCUUUUGUCGACACUGAUGCGCGAGGAGAGCUCCUCUUCCGACGAGGAGGAGCGCCGAGACUUCGCCGACUUCGGAGCCAUGGGCUGUGUGGAGAUCAUGCCUUUAGAUGUGGCGCUGGAGAACCUCCAGCUUAGAGAGAGCCGCUCCACAGGGAAGGAGCCUCCGCCGCCUCCUCUUUGAUGUCCGAGCAUCAAGCAGACUGUGUCCACUCUGCUGCAACUGUCAGUGAUGGGCAGCAAAUGGCAGCAGCCCUCCAUCCCUCCCUCUCCCCCCCCCCUCUCUCUCUCUCUCUCUCUCUCUCUCCCUCCCUCCCCCUCUUCUCUCCCUCUCUUUUCUGAGUUUGUUUUCGGUGAUUGUAAUUUCAGGCCUGUCACCAUUUUUGUUACAUUGUAAACGAGAAUAAAUGAGAGCAAGUGGGAUAAAUGUAUGAGUGAGCAAUUGCAACUGAGUGAGAGAGCGAGAGGAGAGAAAUAUAUAAAUAUAUAUAUAUAUAUAAAAAUAUAUAUGAAGUUGAUAAUCAAACCACCUAACUUUUCUUUUCUUUAUCAGGUAAAUGUUACAGGCAGCUGUGGCAGACCUUUUGCUUCCUGUGACAUGCAAACAGCUCUCCAUAAAAAAAAAAAAAAGAAAUACUCCACAUUCAAAAGUCAAGAGAGCGUAGGCUCCUCUGAUGAAGCUGCUGUGUGUGUUAAUGACUAUUAAUAAAUAAAAAGUGCUUGGAUGGGUUACCAUAA